GUACUCUCCUCCUCUUGCUCCUCCUACUCUCGGGCGUGUGCCUACCUCCCGUUCAGACUUCCCUUUUAGAGGAAUCGAAAGUGAAAUAAAAAGCCGGCUGCCAUCUGCUGAGUCCCUGAAAAGCAGGGCUCACUCAGCCCUAACCCAGCAGUUUUUCCCGCGCUGACUCGGCUGCCCUGGGAGGAGGCUGGGCUGUGAACGGGACCAAGUCACCUGGAAGGAGCUCGGGCUGCCCUGUUGCUGGCACUAGAGCUGGGACGAGCGGCCAGGUGAAGCUGGGAGCACCAGGCCAGAAACCUAGGAGGCAGGGUGGGCCAGGAGGGCCCGGUGCAGGAUCUCCAUAGUGCCACUUCAUAGAAACAUUUCCCCUCAUGGCCUCAGCAAUGCCCUUGGCAAUGAUGUGGGAGGAAGUCACAUGCCCUGUCUGCCUGGAUCCUAUGGUGGAGCCUGUGAGCAUUGAAUGUGGCCACAGCUUCUGCAACGAAUGUAUCUCUCAGGUUGGGAAAGGUGGAGGCAGUGUCUGUCCUGUGUGCCGGAACAAAUUCCUGCUCAGGAACUUCCGGCCAAAUCGCCAGCUAGCCAACCUGGUAGACAACCUAAGACAAAUCAGCCAGAAUGCCAAGGAGGGCACACAGAAGAAGCAAUGUAGAGUACAUGGAGAGAAACUUCACCUAUUCUGCGAGAAAGAUGGGACCACCCUUUGCUGGGUGUGUUCCCAGUCCCGGAAACACCGUGACCAUCCCAUGGUCCCGAUUGAGGAGGCUGCUCAGGAAUACCAGGAGAAGCUCCAGGUGGCAUUAGGGAAACUGAGACAAGAACAAGAGUCGGUUGAGAAGUUGGAAGUGGAUAUUGCUACAAAGAGAACAGACUGGAAGAGAAAGGUUGAGACACACAAAUUGAGGAUUCAUGCAGAGUUUGAGCAGCAGAAAAUCUUCCUGGCUGAAGAGGAGCAGAGGCAACUGCAGAAGCUGGAGAAGGAUGAGAGGGAACAGCUGAGAAUCCUGGGGGAGGCAGAAAUGGAGCUGGCCCAGAACAGGGAGGACCUGCAGGAGCUGAUCGCAGAGUUGGAGCAGAGGAGUCGGAGCUCAGACCUGGAACUGCUGCAGGAGGUGAAAAGUGUCCUGGAAAGGAGUGAGUCCUGGAACCUGAAAGAGCUAAACAUCGACUCCCCAGACCUGAGGAGUGUGUGCCAUGUGCCAGGGCUGAAGAAGAUGUUGAGGACGUGUGGAGUACGCAUUACUCUGGAUCCACACACAGCCAAUCCGUGGCUCAUCCUUUCAGAGGAUCGGCAACUAGUGAAGCUUGGAGAGACCCAGCAGAAGGUGCCUGAAAAUGAGGAGAGAUUUGAUACUUAUCCCAUGGUCCUGGGUUCUCAGCGCUUUGAGUCUGGAAAAUUUUACUGGGAAGUAGAUGUGACAGGAAAGGCAGCCUGGGACCUAGGGGUUUGUAGAGAGUCUGUGCAAAGGAAGGGGUAUUUCUUGCUUAACCCCGACAAUGGCUUCUGGACAAUUUGGCUGUGGGACAAACAAAAAUAUGAGGCUGGCACCUGCCCCGAGACUCCCCUCCAACUUUCGGUGCCUCCAUGCCAAAUUGGGAUCUUCCUAGAUUACGAGGCCCGCACUGUCUCCUUCUACAACAUCACUGACCACGGCUCCCUCAUCUACACCUUCUCUGAAUGUGCCUUCACUGGACCCCUGCGGCCCUUCUUCAAUCCUGGAUUCAAUGAUGGAGGAAGAAACGCUGCCCCUCUAACCCUCUGUCCACUGAGGAUGGGAUGGUAGGGAUCCACUGCCUGCUGAUGGCUCUCUCUGGACACUGUUACCCCCGCCUCGUGGGUACCCCUGCUCAGCCACUGACGCUGUUUCAUUUUCCCAGGAACUCUGAACCACCUUUGUCUCUGCAGGGAUGUCAGGAUACCAGCAAGCAGACUGGCAAGGAGGUCACUGAAAGUCUGUGUCAAAUCACCCUGAACAUCAAUAUUCCUGCCCUAGAUUUCUUUAUGGUUCCCUCCAUGAAACAAACUAUAUUCGGUCCGAACUCAUCUGGAUUAACCAAAACAUGUUUCUGCCUUGUUUACGCGACUCAAGUUUUGUUCUCUUCUCUCCAUUACUAGGCCUUUGGUCAGAUCGCUAUUAUAUUUCACACGUGGUGUGCAGAAAGGCUUCCUAAGUAUACUAGGCCGCAAUGCAUCCCAUUCAAUCCUUGUUCUCAUACACGUCUGACCGACAACCCACCUGACCAUAAGUGGUUCCACACUGCCUAUAGAAAAAAGCCACGCUUAUUAAAGAAAGGCUGAAUUAUACAUUCCUUAGACUACCAAGUUAAAUAUCCAGCCUGCGGUGCUCCCCCAUAUCCCGCUUUAUUUCCCAACCAUAUCUUGUUAAUGAUAGAGUUGGUUAAAGGGCAUAUCAAUCUAAAUGGAAGGUGUGAUGGUUUUUUGAUGUGUCCAUUUAGCUAGGCUAAGUGUUUUUCAAUCAAACAUUAAUCUAGAUGUUGCCCUGAAGGUCUUUUGUAAAUGUCAUUAAAGUCCAUAAUCAUUUGACUUUAAG